AUGAAAGUCACGGGUCUUUUUGUCCCCCCAGUGCCCGCACCAUGCGCUGGGCCACAGGUCGUGCUCAUCGCCGCGCUCUGCGGGGCCUCGCUGGGCCAGUACAACGAGGAGGAGGACCUGGCGUGGUUGCAGUACUACAUGAGGCAGUCCCGCAUGUCCUCCUACAACUACAUGCCCUACUACGAGGAUGAGAACAGCCCCUACGUUUACUCCUACCUCCCGGCUCCCGACACGGAGGCAGAGCCAGGCCCCGAGCCUCAGCAGGCCCCUUCCUGGCAGUGUCCCCAGGAGUGUGACUGUCCCCCCAACUUCUCCUCGGCCAUGUACUGCGACACCCGCAACCUGAGGUACCUGCCCUUCGUGCCCACCCGCAUGAAGUACGUCUACUUCCAGAACAACCAGAUCACCGCCAUCCAGGAGGGGGCCUUCGACAACGCCACGGAGCUCGAGUGGCUGGCGCUGCACAACAACCAGAUCACCAGCGAGAAGAUGGGCAAGAGGGUCUUCGCCAAGCUGAGGAACCUGGAGAGGCUGUACAUGAACAACAACAACCUGACCAAGAUGCCCAGCCCCCUGCCCCGCUCCCUAAGAGAGCUCCACUUGUCCUACAACCAGAUCUCCAAGGUGCCCUCCAACGCUCUGGAGGGCCUGGAGAACCUCACGGCCCUGUACCUCAGCCACAACUACAUUUUUGAGAUGGGCGCUUCCCUCAAAGGGCUCAAGUCCUUGAUCCUGGCUGAUCUGAGCUACAACCACCUCAGGAAGGUCCCCGACGGGCUCCCAAUGGCCCUGGAACAGCUCUACCUGGAGUACAACCACAUCAACGCCAUCCCCGAUGACUAUUUCAAGGUCUCCCCCAAGCUGCUCUACGUGCGGAUGUCCCACAACAGCCUGACGAACCAAGGGCUCUCCACCAACACCUUCAACAGCAGCAGCAUCCUGGAGCUGGACCUCUCGUACAACAGGCUCCAGAAGAUCCCUCGGGUCAGCACCCACCUGGAGAACCUCUACCUCCAGGGGAACCAAAUCAACGAGUUCUCCAUCAGCAGCUUCUGCACCGUGGUGGACGUGAUGAAUUACUCCCGGCUCCAGGUCCUGCGGCUCGACGGCAACGAGAUCAAGCGCAACGCGGUGCCCCCCGACGCCCCGCUGUGCCUGCGGCGUGCCACCAUCAUCGAGAUCUAGCCUGGUCGUCAUCCCCCUCCCCGUGCUCCUCAGGACUUUGCUCCCCCAUCCCUGGGGGGACGCUCACUCCCCAUUUUAAUGCAGCUUGAUGGUUUGACUUGGCUUCUGCAAUAGUGCAAUAAGGGUGCUCCAAGCCCACAGGAUCCGUUGUGGGCUGGAUCUGUUCAGCCCCAAAUGUUCCCCCUUCCCCCUUUCCAGCUCUCUGGCCACGCAGGGUGGGAGAGGUCCCAGCACGAAUCCCCCCACUGGCCAUGCCCCAGCAUCCACGGGAGGGAAGGGGGAGAGCUCGUCCCAUCUCCAAAACCCAGCCCCAUUUGGGGGGUUCAGGUGUGGGUCCUGCAGAACCAGCACAGGUAACGGGGCUCACCUCGGGCCAGGCUUUGGUGGUCCCUGAGAGCUGCACGGGUAAAAGGUUAAAGGUGCUCUGGCUGCCAGCAUCCCUCUUUUUAGGACGGGGAAGGGUAAAUCCACUCUUUCCCCUUGUUUUUUCCCCUCUUUCCCCCCAGCCUCCUGCCCCAGGCAUAAAGCUCAUCGGGGAGAAACCCCAAAACUUCCUGCUGCUGCCAAGCGGCCCUAAGCUGCUGAGCUCAGAGAGAAACCCUCCCAACCCCUGCUUUGGGCCAGGACCGGGGCUGAGGGACAGGCACCUCGCAGCACCAGCACCCUGCAGAGCUCGGGGUCGUGCCAGAAGCCAGCCCCUCGCCCCCACUGCCCCCUCCCUGGGCACAGGCACCGGGUGCUGCAGCCAGAGGCACCCGGGCUCACGUUCAGCUGUAGCAUGAGGGCAGCCAGGGCUCAUACUGGGGUCUUCAGGGGGCACACAGCCCCCAUCCCACAAAUCUGCCCAAAUCACCUGCUUUCUACACGCCCCUUGCCCACAGAUGCCCCAGAUUACUGGUGUAACACGGGCCCGAGGCAGGAGAGGUGCCAGGGCCAGGCAGGAUCCACCUGGGUUUACCACAGGGAGGGAUUUUGCUGCUCGUAAAACCCCAGGACCUAACCCCAAAAGCUCAUCCAUGCCUGCAGGGUCCAUCCUGGUGUGAAUCAACUGCGGUGUGCCCGGCUCUCUCCUGCCCGUUGGUGUGACUCAUAGCUCUUCCCCGCCCCACUAAUUGGGGUCUCUCAUUAAAAAUCAAUCUAGCAGCACCAUGUCCACAGGUCAGCAGCACGCCCCCGUUCACCAAGAGCCAAAACACCCCCUUGGUUCCUUGGACGGCUGAGUUUGAGAACCAAAGGGGCAGCUGAGCUUUGGAGAUGACCUGCAAAGCUGAUUAGGUCAUCCCGACCCUCUGCAUUUAAACUGCAUGCUAACACUAUAGAAACAAAAACCCAAAAAAAAACCUGUACUAGCACCGACGCAUGAACUGUAGGUAUCAUACCGGCCAAUAAAGCCCUUUCUGUAACUGCA